UUUUCCGUGGUUUUUAUUGAGUGGUUUUGUCGUGAGGAUUUGCAGCAGAUUCAUUCAUGAUGGCGGAGGACAGCGAGUCCGCGGCCAGCCAGCAGAGCCUGGAGCUGGACGACCAGGACACCUGCGGCAUCGACGGAGACAACGAGGAGGAAAAUGAGCACAUGCAGGGGAGUCCUGGGGGUGAUCUUGGUGCAAAGAAAAAAAAGAAGAAACAAAAGAGAAAGAAGGAGAAGCCAAGCUCAGGAGGAGCCAAGUCUGACUCUGCCUCUGAUUCUCAGGAGAUAAAGAACCCUGCCAUUCCAAUGCAGAAACUGCAGGACAUUCAGAGAGCUAUGGAGCUCCUGUCCACCUGUCAAGGUCCAGCCAAAAACAUAGACGAGGCCACAAAGCACAAGUACCAGUUCUGGGACACUCAACCCGUGCCCAAACUCAAUGAGGUGGUGACAACUCAUGGGCCAAUUGAGCCGGAUAAAGAAAAUAUUAGACAAGAGCCAUAUUCCCUCCCACAGGGCUUUAUGUGGGACACACUGGACCUCAGCAAUGCUGAAGUGCUUAAGGAGUUAUACACUUUGCUGAAUGAAAAUUAUGUUGAGGAUGAUGACAACAUGUUUAGAUUUGACUAUUCUCCUAACUUUCUGAAAUGGGCGUUACGUCCCCCGGGUUGGCUGCCCCAGUGGCACUGUGGUGUCAGGGUCUCAUCCAAUAAGAAGCUGGUUGGGUUCAUCAGUGCCAUUCCUGCUGACAUCCAUAUCUAUGACACGUUGAAGAGGAUGGUGGAGAUUAACUUCCUGUGCGUGCAUAAAAAAUUGCGCUCAAAGCGUGUCGCUCCAGUACUAAUCCGAGAGAUCACACGGCGGGUCAAUUUAGAGGGAAUUUUCCAGGCUGUAUACACUGCUGGUGUAGUGCUGCCCAAACCCGUUUCUACAUGCAGAUACUGGCAUCGCUCUCUAAACCCCAGGAAGCUUGUGGAGGUUAAGUUUUCCCAUCUCAGCAGAAAUAUGACACUACAACGGACAAUGAAGCUCUACAGAUUACCUGAUAGCACUCGUACUCCUGGUUUGAGGCCGAUGGGAGAUGGGGAUGUGAAGCAGGUGACAGCAUUGCUGCAGAAACAGCUGAGCCAGUUCCACCUGCGGCCUGUCAUGGGGGAAGAGGAAGUGAAGCACUGGUUCCUACCACAGGAGAACAUCAUUGACACUUAUGUAGUCGAGGGCUCUGGUGGGAUGCUAACGGACUUCAUCAGUUUCUACACCCUGCCAUCCACAGUGAUGCAUCAUCCACUCCACAAAAACCUAAAGGCUGCUUAUUCCUUUUACAACGUCCACACAGAGACGCCGCUCAUAGACCUGAUGAAUGAUGCUCUCAUUCUAGCCAAACAGAAAGGUUUUGAUGUUUUCAAUGCGCUGGAUCUAAUGGACAAUAAGACUUUCUUGGAAAAGCUCAAGUUUGGGAUUGGUGAUGGUAACCUGCAGUAUUAUCUGUACAACUGGAAAUGCCCUCCCAUGGACCCAGAGAAAGUUGGCCUUGUUUUACAGUAACUGGCUGCUUCAUGUUGGAUGCUGACAGAUUGAGAGGUCCAUCUCAAAUUCUCUGACUUGGAUGUAGUCAAUAUAAAGAGGAAAAACUGACAUCCAUUCAAAGUGAAUGAGUUAUGUUGUGCAGCUCUCUUAGGUCUUGUUCCAGUUAUUGACGGGUCUCCCCUCCUUUCUUUUCGUCUUUGACUCUCUCUCUCUCCGAGAAUGUGAGAAACAUUUAUCAAGGUCAAACACAUAGUGUUGUUUAUUUUCCUUAACAUGCACUCUGUAUCCUCUCACAGAACAUGUUUAAUCCCAUUGUUUUUGUCUUUUUGUUUGUUUGUUUUGUAUUAUGAAGGAGUGUUGAUACAU